AUGGACGGCUCCAGCAAACUACACGAGCAGCCCUCCACGGUGUCCAAGACGGCCCCGAGUCCGCAAGAGGGACACGGACACGCUCACCACUUGAAAUGGGGCGAAGUUGUUACGAGCGGCUUUGCGCCUCCGUCCGCUGGCGAGGAUGAUGACUCUGACCUGGACGACCCGUGCCACAGCACCAAAGACGGGGCCGAGAGGCGUCGCAAGAUGACGAGAGAUCGCUCUCGAGAACAAGUGGAUGCCGAAGCUAGACGCUUGCACGCUCAACGACGCUACCUAUUUCGCAAGCCUAGACCUCUGCAGUACUUUAGGGGCAAUGUCCUGGUUCGAUCCAACGAGGAGCGCGGUUCUGGUCGACUCGAACUCUUCUUUGACUUGGUCUUCGUCGGCAUCAUCGCGGUACUGGCGCAGAGCGCUGUCCGUGAACCAACCGGAGCAAGCUUUGUGCGAUACCUCUUGACCUACACUGCUGCGUACACCAUCUGGAAUUGGAUGCGUGAAAUGGUCAGUCUGCUUCUGGAAUUGUGGGAUCGACCCAAGUGUAUUGCUCACACUCAAGAUAUCUCCUAAGUUCGACUCCUUCUACAAGGAUGAUUUCUCUCAGCGAGUACUAGUUGUCUUUGUGAUGGCCUGUCUUACGCUUUACGGCAACAAUGCGAUCCACGCUCAAGAUAUGUUAAGCGAAGGUUCCGGGCGUGCUGUGGCCGUCGCCGCUUAUUUGCUUGCAGAGCUUGGGCUGUUCUCCACCUGGUUGCUGUACUCAUUGUGAGUUUACUAUCAAGCACCUGUGUAAUGUUUCAGCACUUACUACCUACCGCGGGCCUCAGCUACAUUAAGGCGUACCGCGUUCAGAUCAGGGCGCAUGCUCUCGUAUGGAUCUGCACCUCUGCCAUAUGGAUAGGAAGUAUCUUCGUCGAUAGUAGAGCUGCGAUCGCCAUGGUAACCGUUGCGCUUGUGGUCGAGUGGAAUGCCUGGCAAUUUUGCUAUUCGCCAUCGUUCAAAAGACUCUUCAAGCUGCGGUACUCCUCUGCGGUAAGUGGAGUCUCAAAGCCGUCGUAACAGGACCACACUGAUGCUGACGGUGUUUGCACCGCAGAUCGCUAUCGAGCACGAGAUUGAUCGUUUCUCGGACUUCUACACGAUCGUCUUGGGCGAAUUUUGCUACUCGCUCUUUGAUGGCAAUCCCACCGGCUCUGGCUUCCAUGAAGCAGCUGGAAGAGCAAUUCUCUGCUUGCUGAUUGCCUGGGCAUUUCAGGUAGGCAGCCCUGCAAUUGCGCAGGUCGGCGAAGGUCUUGCUAAAGCCGAUUGAUGUCUUUGCUGUUUGUGCAGUUGUUUUACAUGAAUGGCGGCUCUUCCAAAAAGAUUACUCACCCUUUGCGCCACGUGAGUCUGUCGGCUCAGUCAAGUGCAAGACUCAGCCUGACACUGUUGUCCGCAAAAAUGGUUAGGGAAUGCAUAGGGCAUUGCUUUUCUUCAACCUCCAUCUGCCCAUUGUCAGGUGAGAGUGGCUCGCGCAUGUCAUCACGUGAAUCUCAGACUGAACGUCGAUUGGACCUUUUGGCAGUGCCCUUACUCUUUGUGGCGAUGCGAUGGCAGACUUGAUCCACGAGUCGGCCGUCAAGUCAGGGGUGCGCUGGAUAGCGUGCGAAUCUUAUGCGGUUGGUAUGCUGGGUCUUUGGUGCCUCGCAACGCUCGAAGUGGAGCGAGACGCGCCGGGAGAACUCUGGUUUCCAAAGGUGAGUCGAUAUCCAGAGUCAAAUCGACUUCCCUUGUAUCUUGGCGCUGAAGGACACCGCCUCUUCGCGCGCAGUGGGCAAGGUUGACUCCUAGGCUGCUUUCGAGCAUCGUAGCUGCCUUGCUUCCCUUGACACGCCAGAAGCUGGAGGAAGAAGUGGAGGGCACCGCUGAGGCGGUCCUGGUCGCGAUAAAGAGAGCAGCAGCUGAGGGUGCUGAAGGUGUCCUACCCGAUGCAGAAGGAAGUGAACCUCAGGUCGGAUUUGGUCAUGGCCCAGACAUCACCACUACAAAGUUGUUAGGGAUUCUGACCGCCCUCUCGCUUUUCACUUUGCUGUGGGAAACAAUAAGCUCCCUCGAUGGGCCUAAUGCGCCCGACGAAAGCGCCUCGGAUGAUCUCUUGGAGCGCGCAAAGACUGUCAGCGGAUACAAGCACGCGCUGCGAACGCCAGCUUGGAGAGGUGCGUAAUUUUGCGUUGGUAGCGUACGUUUGCAGCAUCGCGUGAUGCCAUGUUGACAGAGCUUGAGCUCGGUGCACGAUCCAGGCUUCCCGAGGCUUGCUGAGCCUGGAUCUGGAACUUUCGAUCACUCGCAUCAGCGCAGCCACCCUUCGAGUAUUGCGCCAACUGCCGUGGUACCCACGGCGACUACCUGA